CAUUGGCAUCACAGCGGUAGCUACACGCUUAAGAGCUUAGAACCUCUAGUUCAACAAAGCGACCCAAACUAGUUGUUCUACUCGCCGCCAGAUCCGCACACAAUGGCCGCGGAGGUCGAGACCUUCGCCUUCCAGGCUGAGAUUAACCAGCUGCUUUCGCUUAUUAUCAACACCUUCUACUCCAACAAGGAGAUCUUCCUGCGUGAGCUUAUCUCGAACGCCUCCGAUGCCAUUGACAAGAUCCGCUACAUGUCCCUCACGGACAAGUCUGUGCUGGACAGCAACCCGGAGCUCUACAUCCACCUUGUUCCCAACAAGGCCGAUGGCUCCCUGGCUAUCAUUGAUUCGGGUAUCGGCAUGACGAAGGCGGACCUGAUCAACAAUCUGGGCACCAUCGCGCGCUCUGGCACCAAGGCUUUCAUGGAGGCCCUGAGCGCUGGCGCUGAUGUCUCUAUGAUUGGCCAGUUCGGUGUGGGCUUCUACUCCGCCUACCUGGUCGCCGACAAGGUCACCGUCGUCACCAAGCACAAUGACGACGAGCAGUAUAUCUGGGAGUCGCAGGCCGGCGGCUCGUUCAGCAUCCGCCGUGACACCGAGGGCGAGCAGAUCGGCCGCGGUACCAAGAUUAUCCUGCACCUGAAGGAGGACCAGAAGGAGUACCUGGAGGAGCGCCGCCUGAAGGACCUGGUGAAGAAGCACAGCGAGUUCAUCAGCUACCCCAUCUCGCUGUGGACCGAGACGACGGUCGACAAGGAGGUGUCGGACGACGAGGAGGAGGAGAAGAAGGAGGACGAGGAGGGCAAGGUGGAGGAGGUGAAGGAGGAGAAGAAGAAGAAGAAGGUCAAGGAGGUGCAGCACGAGUGGAGCCUGCUGAACAAGCAGAAGCCCAUCUGGAUGCGCAACCCCGACGAGGUGACCAAGGAGGAGUACGCCGCCUUCUACAAGUCCAUCAGCAACGACUGGGAGGACCACCUGGCCGUCAAGCACUUCAGCGUUGAGGGCCAGCUGGAGUUCAAGUCCAUCCUGUUCCUGCCCCGCCGCGCGCCCUUCGACAUGUUCGACCAGCGCAAGAAGCCCAACAACAUCAAGCUCUACGUGCGCCGCGUGUUCAUCAUGGACAACUGCGAGGAGCUGAUCCCCGAGUGGCUCAACUUCGUGAAGGGCAUUGUGGACAGCGAGGACCUGCCGCUCAACAUCUCGCGUGAGACGCUGCAGCAGAACAAGAUUCUCAAGGUGAUCAAGAAGAACAUCGUCAAGAAGUGCCUGGAGCUGUUCGCCGAGGUGGCGGAGAACAAGGACGACUACCUCAAGUUCUACGAGUCGUUCGGCAAGAACCUGAAGCUGGGCGUGCACGAGGACUCGCAGAACCGCGCCAAGCUGGCCGACCUGCUGCGCUACCACUCCACCAAGAGUGGCGAGGAGAUGACCAGCCUGAAGGACUACGUCACCCGCAUGAAGGAGGGCCAGAAGUCCAUCUACUACAUUACGGGUGAGAGCCGGAAGGCGGUUGAGAACAGCCCCUUCCUGGAGCGGCUCAAGAAGAAGGGCUACGAGGUGCUGUUCAUGGUGGACCCCAUUGAUGAGUACGCCGUGCAGCAGCUCAAGGAGUACGACGGCAAGAAGCUGGUGUGCUGCACCAAGGAGGGCCUGGACCUGGAGGACACUGAGGAGGAGAAGAAGCGCAAGGAGGAGUUGGCCAGCCAGUUCGAGCCGCUGUGCCGCCUCAUGAAGGACAUCCUGGGCGACAAGGUGGAGAAGGUGACGGUCAGCCACCGCGUGGUGGACUCGCCUUGCGUGCUGGUGACGGGCGAGUACGGUUGGAGCGCCAACAUGGAGCGCAUCAUGAAGGCGCAGGCGCUGCGUGACAACAGCAUGGCCGCCUACAUGACCUCGAAGAAGACGCUGGAGAUCAACCCCGAGAACGCCAUCAUGAACGAGCUCAAGAAGCGCUCUGACGCCGACAAGUCCGACAAGACGGUGAAGGACCUGGUGCUGCUGCUGUUCGAGACCGCGCUGCUCAGCUCGGGUUUCAGCCUGGACGAGCCCAACACCUUCGCCAGCCGCAUCCACCGCAUGAUCAAGCUGGGCCUGUCAAUCGACGAGGAGGAGGAGGAGGCGGCGGCCGAGGACGAGGACCUGCCUCCCCUGGAGGAGGACGCCGGCGCGGGCGAGGGCAGCCGCAUGGAGGAGGUCGACUAAGCGGGUUCGAGCAGUGUGCGUUGGGGCUGUCCUCAACCGGUAACAGUUGUUGGGGAUCCGGCGGUUGGAUGUGCGAGAGGUGAGCACAUGGUGGAAGGGGAUUUAGUGGAGUUUUUGGCUUAGUCAAAUUGCAGGAUGUGACAAGAGCAUUGUGCAGUUAGGAGAGUAAUGCGGGUAUAUGUGGGGCGGCUAUGAAGUGUGUGGAGGAGGGAGUAUGAGGUGGUGCUCGUACAUGGGAUGCGUUUGGGUGGCAUCGUUUAGUCUCUACACGUUUGUUGAGCGGGGUAGAACCGAUUGGUGCUUAUUUUGAGCGAUCCUCUAGUUAGGAGAGCUCGUUUUUCGAGCUCAGAGUUUUCCUUCUGUGUGGGCAUGUAGCCUGCAUGGGUUGUGGCGGUGGGGUAGGCGGUGUUGAUAAUCACAUACAGGGAUGUGUUGCUCGGUAUACGGGCUCGGACUUUCUUGCCGAAUUGGCACAAAGUGUAACCAAUGACGGUGA